AUGGCCACCCUCGUUGCAUAUGAAGAUGCUUCUCCUUCUGCCGAUGCAGAGCUUCUAAAAAAGGCUUGCCAUGGAUGGGGGACUGAUGAAAAGACCGUAAUAUCAGUUUUGGGGCAUAGAAAUGCAACUCAAAGGAAAUUGAUAAGGGACGCUUAUCAAGAACUUUUUCAUGAAGAUCUUGUGAAGCGUCUUGAACAUGAACUUUCUGGUGACUUUGAGAGAGCAGUUUACAGAUGGAAUUUGGAUCCAGCAGAUCGGAAUGCAGUGCUAGCAAAUGUAGCCCUACGUAAAGAAAGCUGUGACUAUAGAGUGAUCAUUGAACUAUCAUGCACCCUAUCACCCGAAGAGCUCUAUGCCGUCAAGUGCGCCUACCAAUGCCGCUAUAAGCGUUCAUUGGAAGAAGAUAUUGCUUCCCAUACCUCUUCUGAUCUCCGAAAUCUUCUUGUUGGGUUGGUGAGCAUACAUAGGUAUCAAGGUAAUGAGGUAGACUUGAAACUGGGAAAGUCGGAGUGCAACGUUCUUAGAAAAGCCAUCGAAGAAAAGUUGUAUAACCACGAAGAUAUCAUUCGUAUAGUCACUACUCGAAGCAAGCCACAACUCAUGGCUACUUUGAAUAGUUACAAAGAUGAACAUGGUUGUAACAUCACCAAGCACUUGAAGGAUGAUUCAGGCAACGCGUACACUGAAACUCUUCGUACGACGAUUAGAUGCAUUAGUGACCCUACUAAGUACUUUGAAAAGGUGGUUCGUAAUGCAAUAAAAAAGGGUGGGACGAACGAAGAUGCUUUAACACGAGUAAUCGUCACUAGAGCAGAGAAAGAUUUGAAGGUGAUCAUGGAACAAUAUUACAAAAGAAACAGUGUGCCACUUGAUCAGGCUGUUGCCAAGGAAACAUCAGGGCAUUACAAGAGAUUUCUUCUCACUUUGCUUGGGAAGGAAGGCUAGCUUACUAUAUUGGUGUCUAGAGUUUAAUUUCCAUAUAUGUUAUUUGUUUUAACACUGGAAUAUGCCAAUGUCGUGCUCGUGUGUUUGUGAUUGAUUUAUUGCAAGUUUCUGUUAUUGUUUGUAAACGAAGCAAGUGAUUGUGUAAUGUACUUGUUGAACUUGUAAGCCCGAGAACAACUUAUGACAACAUUACCAAUUAUGUAUGA